AUGGGUGCUUGGGGAUACUGUCUGUUCCAAUCGGACCAGGACUUGGACAACGUCGGCGAUAUGGGCCACGAAGCUGGGCUGACCGAACUCGAAGAAGCCGCCAAAGCUGUAGCCAAGUCCCAAGGCAAGAGUGAGGAAGAUAUAGAAGGCAGCAUCCACUACGACCUCUACGCUCCCUGCUGCUCUGACCCCGAAGUGGUCCGCAAGCAUCUUGACUCCGGCGCCCUUGUUGACAUGAUCGCGAAGAGGGAAGCAAAGAUCUUAGCCCCUGUCAAUGGAUCAACAGAGGAGGCGAUGGAACACUGGUUCUCAGAUCCCUGCUACAUGUACGUCUUGCUUGGUGCUUGCGCCAUGACUCACGGAUGUCAACUCCCAGCUUCUUGUCUUGCCAUGCUCAAGAAGGUCUACACCGAAGGUGGUCUCAUGCCGGACGCCCAGCGCCAGAUGCACAAGGCUCUCUUCGGUCCGAAUGGUUAUAAGAAUGGAGAACCCUAUGACUUCGAGUCUAAGUCCCUCCUAGAGGAAGUCAACUCCAAACCCGACAAGCACGACGACGGUGGUUUCAGGCUCAUGAACGUUCCUAACCCCCUUCUCUUCAACACCGGCAGGACCAACUCGCGCACUUCGGUAAUCGUGAAGGAGCUCCGUGACCAAUACAACAAGCCUGAUGAGUGCGGCGGCUGUGGUGUGGCAUCUAGACCGAAAGGCGAGGCUUUACUCGCAUGUGGCAAGUGCAAGAACCGCAAGUACUGCUCGACUUCGUGCCAGAAGAAGCACUGGAAGAUCCACAAGAAGGUCUGUGAGUCUGCCAAGGUUUCUCUGUAA